AUGGAUGAUCGUCCUAAAAUUGAUGAUUCUGUUCUUCGUGAUCGAGGUAAGCCGUCGUUUCAGUAUAAGGGUUUGACAAGUCGAGUGGUCAAUAUUGAUGGUAAUCCGGUCUUACCUAGAAGGGGUUCUGUGCAAUUUCCGCAUCAAGUGGAUAAAAAUUUUAAUGUAAUUGAUGAACUUGUUAAGAUCACUGUUCCGGUUUCUCAAUCGGAAUAUGAUGCUGCUUGGUCUAAAUCUGAUGGGGGUGAUAAUCUGGAUGGUCAGCCGCCUAAGGGAUCUAGUGCCAAACCUAUGUCUUAUGCAGAUACGGUAGCUGCUAAUUCUGUGAAGAAAGUUAAUUUUCGGUCACUUGCCAGUUCCGAGAAGUAUGAUGGUUGUGAUGUUGUCCUACAAAGGGAAUCAGUUCGUUCUGUGCAAGAUAAGAUGGCUAAUACUCUUUAUGGGUAUUUCUUAGGUGAUCGGGUUGCAUUCCCAGUGGUUGAUUAUUUUGUGCGCACAAAUUGGAAAAAAUAUGGGUUACUUAAAACUAUGAUGAACGCGAAUGGUUUUUUCUUUUUCAAGUUUAACGAUGAAGUGGGUAUGUCGAACGUCCUUAAGGAUGGGCCAUGGAUAAUCAGAUCGCAACCAUUAUUUCUUGAUAACUGGACGCCAACUACUAAGCUUGAAAAGAAGGAGGUCAAGAAAGUUCAAGUAUGGGUCAAAAUCCACGAAGUUCCUUUAGCGGCUUAUACAGAGGAUGGAUUGAGCUUGAUUGCAACAACUAUUGGGGAUCCAAAAAUGCUUGACUCGUUUACCACAUCUAUGUGCAUGGAAUCCUGGGGCCGUAGUAGCUAUGCUAGAGCUCUGAUUGAGAUAUCAGCAGAUAAUGACCUCCGGGAAGAAAUUUCAAUGGCAAUACCAGAACCUGAAGGGGAGGGUUUUAUUAAAGAGACCAUGUUUGUGGAAUAUGAGUGGAAUCCGCAUCGGUGUGCUAAGUGUUGUGUCUUCGGUCAUGCGACUGAUGUUUAUCCUAAACAGCCGAGGAGACCGGACAAAGCUAUCCAGGAAAACCAAAAUUGGAAUGCUCAAAAGAAUCGUCCAGCUAAGAAGGGGCCAAUCGUGGACCAGGAUGGGUACACAGGUGUUUACGGCAAGAAAGCGGCGAAGAAAGUGGGUAUACCCGUGAAUAAACAAAAAUCAAAGUUCGAAUAUCGGCCGGUAGGUUCAAAGCCGAAGGGGGACACCAAUAAAACAUCGAGUGCUACGGAUGUAAGGUCGAGUAAUCCUUUUGAUGUUCUUAACGAAGUGGAAGAUGUUGCAGGAACUAGUAACACAAAGUCGGGGGUAAACAAUGAUGAGUCCGAUGAAGAUGAGGUUAUUGAGAAUGAUUUUGAUAUGGACGGGUUUUUAAAGGAGGGUACUCUUAAUAUUAAAAGUAAAGGGGAAAGCACUCCUUCUCCGAUAGUUAAUGAUGAAUCUCAUGUGGAUGUUGGUAAUUUGGGUAAGGUGUGCAAGUCAGUUUUUCGUUCGUGGGAGUGGACUUCUCACGGUGGUUGUUGUGACAAAGGCACGAGAAUUAUUAUUGGAUGGAACCCGGCUAUUUUUGAUGUGAUGAUUUUGUCUCGAUCUCCUCAGGUUAUGCAUCUUCAGCUUGUGUUUAAAUUGGAUAAAAGAAUGAUUUUUUGUUCUUUUAUUUAUGCUGCUAAUUAUUAUGUUUCCCGUAAAGAGUUGUGGCAUAAUCUCUCAGUGCAUAAAGCCCUUGUUAAUGAUAAACCUUGGUGCAUUAUGGGUGAUUUUAUCUCGGCUCUCAACAUUGAAGAUAAUUCUAUGGGAACGUCAUCGAUUUCUAUUGGUAUGAGAGAUUUUCAGGAAUGUGUGGAUAAUAUUGAGGUUGUAGAUAUCAACCGAAUGGGGAUCCAUUUUACAUGGACUCAAAAACCAAAAAACGGGGUAGGGUUACUAAAGAAACUUGAUCGAGUGAUGGGUAAUACAGCUUUUAUAGCUGAUUUUCCUAAUUCGGUUGCCAUGUUUAAGCCGUAUAGGUUAUCGGAUCACUGCCCGUGCAUUCUUUCGUUCCCGGAUGCUGGUAUGUUGAAGCCUAGGUCCUUCAAGUUUGCUAAUUUCCUGGUUUUCAAACCUGAGUUUUCGGAUAUUGUUAAAGAUAAAUGGGAGACGUAUGUGAAUGGUGUUCAUCAAUUUAGGGUGGUAAAAAAACUCCGGUUACUGAAACACCCGUUGCGCUCCUUGCUUUUCAAGCAAGGCAAUCUGCAUAAAAAAGUUGAAAAUCUGCGCGUGGAGCUGGAUUCUAUUCAGCUUCUUAUUGAUCGGGAUCCAGCUAAUGCGGAUUUACGAGUUUCUGAGACUUCGAUCAGUCGUCAGCUCCAAGAGGCUUCGUUAGAUGAGGAACAAUUUCUGAAACAAAAGUCAAAAGUUGAUUGGUUGAGUGCGGGGGAUAUGAACUCGGCAUUUGUUCAUUCAUCGCUGAAAGUCAGAAAUCAUGUUAGUCGGAUUGAGGUGAUCAAAGAUUCGGCAGGCAAUCUUUUUGAAGGAGAUAACGUUUAUCAACCAUUUGUUCAGCAUUACGAAAAAUUUUUUGGGUCUCAAGGCGAUAUUUCUCUUACUCCGGCUCCGGAUUUAUUCUCUAAAGUCCUUGCUCCUCAGGUUGCUACUCAUAUGAUUCGACAAGUUACGGCGGAAGAGGUGAAAAAGGCCAUGUUUUCUAUUGGUAUCGAUAAAGCGCCUAGUCCUGAUGGGUAUACAACAGCGUUUUUUAAAAGUGCCUGGCCUAUUGUUGGUAAUGAUAUUACUUGUGCUAUUGUUGAUUUUUUUGAGACAGGAAACCUUCUUCGGGAAUUGAAUCACACGAAUAUUGUGCUAAUUCCGAAAAUUCCUACUCCUUCAGCUGUCAUUGAUUACCGUCCAAUUGCGUGCUGUAAUGUGUUAUACAAGUGUAUCAGUAAAAUUGUGGCUGACAGAAUAAAAAAUGCUCUAAAUGACAUCGUAAGCAUUAAUCAAUCAGCGUUUGUUCCAGGACGAAGAAUAUCGGAUAAUAUUAUGCUGACUCAAGAAUUAAUGCAUAAUUACCAUAGACAUUCGGGCCCUCCAAGAUGUGCCUUUAAAGUUGAUAUCCAGAAAGCUUAUGACACGGUUGACUGGGGUUUUCUAAAAAAUGCUUUGCUUGGAUUUGGGUUUCAUCGGAAGAUGGUUGAUUGGAUUAUGGUGUGUGUCUCGACUGCCUCUUUUUCUAUAUGUGUCAAUGGGACAGUUCAUGGCUUCUUUAAGGGCAAACGAGGGUUACGGCAAGGGGAUCCAAUUUCUCCUUACCUCUUUACUUUGGUUAUGGAGGUUCUAACUUCCAUUCUUCAUCAUGCUGUCCGUAUCGAUUCUUCUUUUAAAUUUCAUAAUAAAUGCGAAAAACAGCAGAUUAUCAAUCUUUGUUUUGCCGAUGAUUUGUUCCUGUUUGCUAGAGGAGAAGUCAACUCGGCUCGGUGUAUUAUGACAUCUCUCUCAAAGUUCACUAAGAUGUCGGGGCUAGUGCCUAGUAAUCAAAAAAGUACCAUUUUCUUCUGCAAUGUUAGUAACCAUGUAAAAGAAGCUAUUCUGGAGCUCAUGCCUUUUGUGGAAGGAAAACUGCCGGUCAGAUAUUUAGGGGUCCCCUUAAUCUCUUCUAGGCUUGGUUAUAAUGAUUGUCGAGUGCUUGUGGAAAGAUUAGAGAAGCGUAUAACACAUUGGAGGAACAAGAUCAUUAAUGAGCUUGAAGCUUGUAUGCGUAACUUCUUAUGGUCCCAGGAGAGCUCGUUUUCUAAAGGCAAAGCUAAGGUUUCUUGGAAGGCUGUUUGCACGCCAAAGUAUGAAGGAGGUUUGGGCAUUAGACGCAUUGGGGAUAUGAACAAGGCUCUUAUGUCUAAUCACAUUUGGAGCAUUGUUUCGAAGCGGGAUUCUCUAUGGGUUGAAUGGGUGUAUAGCUACCGUCUUAAAGGCAAGAGUUUCUGGGUGUGUAAAACCCCUUCUAAUUGCUGUUGGUCUUGGAGAAAAUUGGUUCAGUUGAGGCCGCUUAUCAGAAAUCAUAUAUGGUCGGAGGUGGGAAAUGGCGUUAAAACUUCUGCUUGGUUCGACUAUUGGUGUGAUAUAGGUCCGCUCGAUAACUUUAUUUCGCCGAGAAACAUUUCUGAUGCUGAUUUUAUGCUGGACGAUACUGUGGCUAACAUUUACUCUCAUGGUUCUUGGUCUUGGCCUAUGGCAUGGAGAGAUUUAUUUCCGGUUCUCAUCCAAUUGGAUCAGCUUCAUUUGAAUCCGACGAAACCUGAUAGACUGUUAUGGAGAGAUGGCACUGAUAAAUCUGAGUUUUCUUCUUCGGGUCUUUGGCAUUCAAUUCGUCACAAAGAUCCUGAAGUUAAUUGGUGCAACAUUGUUUGGUUCUCGCAGUGUAUUCCCAGGCAUGCGUUUAUGAUGUGGUUGGUAAUGAAAGGUAAACUCUUGACUCAAGAUAAAAUUUUAAAUUGGGAGUUGUCGCGGAGGAAGAAUAUGAAUAUGAUGUGCUGCCUGUUAUGUUACAAAAACUUUGACUCUCAUGCGCAUUUAUUCUUUGAAUGCGAGUACUCAUCUCAAGUGUGGCUGAUUAUUCGAAACAAGGUGGGUAUGUCUACGGUCAGGCCGAUAUGGGCUGAUAUUGUUGAUUGGUUGCUGGCUCGAGCUCGGUCUAAAGCAGCAGGGUUUUUUGUUGCUAAAAUUUUGGUGGCUGCUGCUUUAUAUUUCGAUUGGCAAGAAAGAAAUGCUAGAUUAUUUAAAUACCAGUUGAGGCCUCCGGAGAAAAUCGGUGAAAUUAUAUUAUCAACGGUUAGGUACAAGCUGAUGGGAGCCAAGCUCAAGAGUACUACAAGAGUGCGAAGAUUGUUAGAAGAUUGGGAGAUUCACAAGGGAAAUGUGGACGAUGAUGGUGGCUGA